AUGUAUUCGCAUGCACGACAUGCUCCGUCCGAAGAUGGACCCACCCGACCCAUCCGGUUGCUGUUUCCUGUAUUGGAGCACCCGGAUCAACGUGUUGAACAAGCGCCCGUGAGGAUGCGAGAACGAUUCUACGAAGCGGCGGACGAGGAGGCAGCUAUCGAUUAUUUUGAGCCUCUCAAUAUCUUUUGGGAUGAAGGCAAUACUAAUGUGGGUACUCGCAGUCAACCACCACCACUACAACAACCACCACCACCACCACCACAGCAAGAGCCACAGCACAUUCCCUUGACGAAUAAUGACACGGAACCACAACGGAGACGACGAGACGGGUGUUUCGAUUCCAGUUCCAACGUCAUUCUAGCAGCCGUUGUUCUCAUCAUGUGCACGAUCGUGGCCAUUACGAUUGGAGAGGUUUGCAGUUCGAGACAGUGUGGUGGUGGGAAUAAUGGAAAAACCGUCGGGAGUGACGACAAACCAAUCAUUGACAUUUUUUGGAUCACGGAUCCUCCUACCGAUAGUCCCACGCAAUCUCCCAUUGUGUCGACUAUUAGCAGUCUAGCACCCACCAUGAUUGGUUCUCCUGCGACGUUUCAUCAGGACAAUCCAAUUAACAACAACAAUGAAGAAGAAGAAGAAGGCAUUCAAGGGGACUCUGGAAAUAUUUUCCUGCAUACCCCAACUCCGGUUCCCACGCAAUUUCCAGUUCGGGACGAUGCCACUAAUGACAAUUCCGUAAACUCUACAACGGAAACCAAUACGACAACCAUUUCGAAUGAAAGCGACAAGAAUACACAAGCGCCAACCAGCGAGGUCCUUGUAGUGGAGAGCUACAAUGGAACGGAUCUCGCUGCAAUAAUAAACAACAACACUAUUACUCAUAAUUCAGCGGCACUUUCUCUGAAUUAUACCAACACGACGACGACAAGCGCAUUCAUAAUAAAUGCCACCACCAACAGCUCGAUUACGUUUGUGGAGUACAACGCCACAAAGUUGGAUGAAGCCAACAACGCAACGGCAAGUGAAACCGCCAACAUCACGGUGACAGCUUCCAUGGAGUCGAUUGCCAUCCAGAUCAAAAAGCAGAGGUUGGAUCCGUGA